AUGAAUUUUCAAAAAAUAGAUCCCUCUGCAAAAAAGCAUUUUACUUUUGAUAAAAUUCCUGAUUUGAGUGGAAAAGUUGCAGUUGUUACAGGAGGAAAUUCUGGAAUAGGAUAUAUUACAUGUUUGGAAUUGGCCAGAAAAAACUCUCAUGUAUUCAUCUUAGGUCGUAAUAUUGAGAAAUGUCAGGCUGUUGUUGUAAAAAUCAAAUCUGAAACUGGUAAUCAAAAUGUUGAAUUUCUACAAUUGGAUUUAAAAAAUUUAAAAUCUGUUAAAGAAUGCGCUGAAAAAAUUUUGGCUAGAGAUUUACCUUUGCAUAUUCUAAUUAACAAUGCGGGUAUCACAACAAAUACAUUUUCACUUACUGAGGAUGGAAUUCAAGAAGAAUUUGGAACAAAUCAUGUCGGACAUUUUCUUCUCACAAAAUUAUUAUUGCCAAAAAUUAAAGCUUCACAACCGGCUCGUAUAGUAAUUGUUAGCAGUCAUGGUCACAAAAGAAUUGUUGAGAGUGGAAUUGAAUUCGAAAAAUUAAAUGAUCCAAAUGCACAGAGUCCUUUACAGCGUUACUCAAUAUCAAAACUUGCAAAUAUUUUAUUUACUAACGAAUUGAAUAAACGAUAUCUUGAUGGAGAGCUAGUAUAUGCUAACUCUCUUCAUCCAGAUACCAACAUGUUACAAAGAAACGAUUUCUCUGUACCAGAAAGUAUAAUGUCUUCUUCAAUUUCAUCUGAGGAUGGAGCUAUUACUACAUUAUAUUGCGCUACAAGUCCAGAAAUCGAAGAGAAAAAUUUUCGUGGAAAGUAUUUUGAACCAUUUGGUGUAGAAAGUGAAAAAUCUUCAUUCGCUCAAGAUGAUGAUUUGGCCAAAAGACUUUGGGAUUUUACGGAGAAUAUGAUAAAUGAAAAAUUACCACAAAAUUGA